UUUGUCAAUGUCAAGAAGUUUCCUAGUUCCUGAAGUGAAGUUGAACAUCUAUUGUUUAUCAUUAGCAAAUUCAGUGACUUUCAGUAUCUCUGGUUAUAGUUUGGGUUAAUAUACGUCUUUGAAAGUUACGUAAAGGUACUGUUCUAGCCAUGAGUUUUAGCAGUUUUAAAAAACUCAUAGAAGUUGGAGACACUGUUAUCCUUUAUAUAUCAGUUAAUCAUCUGUAUGCAAUAGAGGUCAAACCCAAACUAAUAAACAAAAAUGGCAUUGAGAUUGACAAUGUGUUCCAGACUCGUUAUGGCUGCCUAACAGUGGCAGAUCUUGUUGGUAAACCAUUUGGCUCAAAGAUCAUUCUUCCAAAAGGCUGGGUUCAUGUCUUAUACCCAACUCCUGAACUUUGGACAGUCACUUUACCACACAGAACACAAAUCCUGUAUACCCCUGAUAUAUCUAUGGUUAUAACACAACUGGAGAUAGGGCCAGGCUCAGUUGUUUGUGAAGCUGGCACCGGAAGUGGAUCCUUGUCACAUGCUCUGUUAAGAGCAAUAGGUUCAACUGGAAAGUUGCACACCUGUGAUUUUCACAAAGAACGUGUUCAGGCAGCUCUUGAUGAGUUCACUCGCCAUGGCUUUGGUGAUCGGGUGACGUUAUCCCAUCGAGAUGUUUGCGUUGAUGGUUUAGGAGUUGAAGGUGUGGCUGAUGCAGUCUUUCUUGACUUGCCCAAGCCCUGGGAAGCCCUGCCCCACGCUGUGUCAGCAAUGAAAAUUGACGGUGGAAGAAUAUGCUCGUUUUCUCCUUGUAUUGAACAGGUUUGCCGUACUUGUGAAACUAUGUCGGCCCUAGGCUUGAGGGAAAUCACCACCAUGGAGUGCCUGGCACGAGAAUUUCAAGUCAAGAAUAUUAAUCUUCCUGUGAUACCAAGUAGCAAAGAUGUUGAUCUUGAAGGAGAUAAGAAGACAGAAAAAUUCAAGAAAAUCAAACUAGAUAACGAAGCCACAGACAAUGUUGAAAUGUCUGCUGAAAUUAGCACAUCUGAUGAGAUGUUGGUUGAAGAAACCUCCAACAAAAAUCUUGAAGCAAAAAGCAGCGAAUCAGCAAGACCGAACCUUUCAAAGGAAUACAAAGAAGUAAAGUUUCUAUCAGGCAUCACUAAUUUGAAAAUGCCAGGUCACACAGGCUAUCUUACGUUUGCAACGGUGCCUCCGGGAUUGAGAAGAACCAUUAUAGCAAGUAAUUGUCCUGAGGUUGUUGAAGACAAAUUAAGUGAAGAUGCACCUCCAACAGAUGAAGCCGAGGUGCAAGCCCUCUGAAAAUCUAUUUUUCUACAGUGUUUUCCAUUUCUAAGAAGAAUGAUUUGCAUCGCUCACACUUUUGUUAUUGACAGCAGAUUAUAUUUAUGUAUAAUGAUAAAGAAAUUUAGGCUAAGAUUUCAAAUAUACUCUACUAUAAA